UGGGGUCUCGACUCGACUUCUAGAAGUGGCGUUUUCGGUUGUGGAGGCGCUGUUCGAAGCGGGUAUAAGGAGGCGGCCGACUGGGCGAGCUUGACGGCCUCCCGGCUCUCGGGGUGGAAAAGUUUCCGUCUUCUGCCCUGCCCGUUGACGCACUGUGGGUCCCAGAUCGUCAGGGUAGCCGGAGUCUCGGUCCAGAGGCUGGCCCGUUCCUGGGCGGGAGUGAGGGGAGACGGCGUUUGGUUUCUGUGGCCCAGGUGCGCGGUGGAUGACACUGAGAGGGACGGUUUUUCUGCAUGAGUGGAGAAGAUAAUUGUUGCAAGUAGGAGAGACACAGCAUUUUUUUAGGAUGUCUGAAGAUGAAGAAAAAGUGAAAUUACGGCGUCUUGAACCAGCUAUCCAGAAAUUUACUAAGAUAGUAAUUCCAACAGAUCUGGAGAGGUUAAGAAAGCACCAGAUAAAUAUUGAGAAGUAUCAGAGGUGCAGAGUAUGGGACAAGUUGCAUGAAGAGCAUAUCAAUGCAGGACGUACAGUUCAGCAACUCCGCUCCAAUAUCCGAGAAAUGGAGAAGCUUUGCUUGAAAGUGCGAAAGGAUGACCUAGGACUUCUGAAGAGAAUGAUAGAUCCUGUUAAAGAAGAAGCAUCAGCGGCAACAGCAGAAUUUCUCCAACUCCAUCUGGAAUCUGUAGAAGAACUUAAGAAACAAUUUAAUGAUGAAGAAACUUUUUUACAGCCUUCUUUGACCAGAUCCAUGACUGUUGGCGGAACAUUUCACAGUACUGAAGAUGAAGCUGAUCCUCAGAGUAUGACUCAGAUUUAUGCGUUGCCUGAAAUUCCUCGAGAUCAAAAUGCUGCAGAAUCAUGGGAGACCUUAGAAGCGGACUUAAUUGAACUUAGCCAACUGGUCACUGAUUUCUCUCUCCUAGUGAAUUCUCAGCAGGAGAAGAUUGACAGCAUUGAAGACCAUGUCAACAGUGCUGCUGUGAAUGUUGAAGAGGGAACCAAAAACUUGGGGAAGGCUGCAAAAUACAAGCUGGCAGCUCUGCCUGUGGCAGGUGCACUCAUCGGAGGAGUGGUGGGGGGUCCGAUUGGCCUCCUUGCAGGCUUCAAAGUGGCAGGAAUUGCAGCUGCACUUGGUGGUGGGGUGUUGGGCUUCACAGGUGGAAAAUUGAUACAAAGAAGGAAACAGAAAAUGAUGGAGAAGCUCACUUCCAGCUGUCCAGAUCUCCCCAGCCAAACUGACAAAAAAUGUAGUUAAAAACCAAACUUCAGUAUUAUUGGUGCCAACAUGUCUAUCCUAAUGACGACCUUUGCUGCUGUUGGACACCCAGUCAGCUUUCAGAACAUGAUUAUAUCCAAAUAGUGGCUGUAGAUGCUCAAGUGGGAUUGAACUGUGAUAAGAGGAUAUAUUUUGUUGUUUGCUGGGGUAUUAAUGGGGAUGUGAGAAAUUGAGGAGCCUGGACUGAGGGUGUACAAUAUUUGUCAGGUAAAGUUAAAGAACUGCCAGGGAGCAGAUUUUCUACUUGGAAAUGUGAAAACCGAACCUAUAACUUUGAUCAGGACUUGUGAUCUGUGUACAUGUUGGGUUAUGGAAGGACUGUUUUCAGAAUAGUUUCUUCCGUGACCCUGACUUGGAGACUCCAAGGCUAAGCAUAUUGUAAAUAUGCUUCUUUAACUCCUAAAUAUACAUUAUUUAGACAGUUUAGCAGAGAAAAGAAUGGAAGUUCAGGAGCUUUUCACAUCAGAUAGGGAAAUCAGGAUGUAGCAAGGGACCCAAGUGAACUACAUACUGGAGUCCAUUUGGUGAGCCCUAUUGCUGUUUGAUCUAACACUGUUCUCCAGUAAAGGAAAUAAAUAUUGUAAGAAAAUGGAAAAA